AUGUUAGUUUUCCAUUACGCCAUUGAUUUCCCGGCUCUCUUCCUGAUGAUUUCGGAUUGCCUUUGGUGCUACGAUUCCCUGGAUCCUAAAUGUGGCCCUUCUCACUGGAAGGAGAUCACGUCAGGAUGCGGGGGACAGAACCAGUCUCCCAUUAACAUCGAUCGAAGGAAAGUGCGACGGGACCGGAGCCUGGAUGAAAUUCUGUUUGAAGGCUAUGACCAGGCGCCGCCGGGCAGAUGGAGACUCUUGAACAAUGGCGACGAAGUCAAAAUGACCUUGGAUGGAGCCUCUGCUGCCGAGCAAAUCAACAUCACCAGAGGAGGUCUGAGGGACACCUACCGGGCCUUGCAGUUCCACUUCCACUGGGGGGACCUCAAGAGGAAUGGCUCCGAACACUACAUUGAUGGGAUACAGUAUCCCAUGGAACUGCACAUCGUACACAUGAACAUCAAAUGCAAAACCAUCAAUGAAGCUAAGCAACAUCCAAAUGGGUUCGCUGUCCUGAGUUUUCUGUUCAAGGUAGCAGACACUGAUAAUACUAAUUACAACACUGUCGUUGCCAGCCUGAGAAACAUCACUCGUGCAGGAGAAUAUGUUGACAUGGCAUCCACCUUUUCCUUGAGCAAUCUUCUCCCCAGCUUAGCUUCCUUGUCCAAAUAUUACCGCUACAAAGGAUCUCUCACCACACCAAACUGUGAUGAAGCGGUCACCUGGACAGUAUUCGAAGAGCAGAUCCCCAUCAGCAGAUCUCAGCUGAAUAUGUUUGUGGACACCACGUACUUCAAAAGUUCAGCUGGGACACCACAGAAAAUGGUCAACAACUUCCGUCCUUUACAGCUUCUUCAUGGCCGCACCGUCUAUGCUUCCCGUGAUGCCACCAUCAGUGGUGGUUCUUCUCUUGUUGCCAGUGUAUUUCUUCCUCUGCUCUUGUCUUGUUUGGUUGGCCAAUUCUCUGGCUCCUCCUAGCUGUCUGAGCGAAUGGCCAGGCUCAGUCAUGAAUCCAUUAUAGAUCUGUGGCGCCUUCCUAGGUGUGGUUCUUUGGUGUGACGCUUCCCUAUCUGAGCUGAGCGAGGCACAAGUCCAAAAUCAUGGGGUGUUUGAUUGAUUUAUGAGAAAGAGCUCAGGGACAAUUGUAUUGCAAUCAAAGGUGUCCGAUUCAUGAUUGCCACCGUUAAAUGGGACCAACAAUGAAACAAGAUAGGUGGAAAGCUUUCACCUUGGCCAAUGGACGGGAGGUCCUCGCGCCAAGCAGAAGAAUGACACACAAGGUACCUUCUGCCAGCAUGGGAAAGGAAGGUCUGAAAUUAUGUAAAUUGAAGUUCUAAUGAAUAAAU